AUGUAUGAACAGACUUUGAGUGAUAUCCCUGCAGAAGAGCCUACACCUGUUUCCUUCUUCCUCGCACGGACUGCCACGGAGGAUAUGACCCAAAUGAAUGACCACACGCGAGAGAUGGGCAACAGGCAAUUGGAUCUCGGCAUGCAUCCGCUGCGACCCGACGAGAUCUCCAAGAUACGCACAUUUGCACAACCAUUUGAUAACAGAAGACCUGAUAGUGGAGAGUUCAUCCAAGUGUAG